AGGGACAUAAAUUAUUUUGUUCCAGGGACUCCCUUAGUGGCAGAAAAAACUGUUAGGCUCUUAAUAGAUAAAAAGGAAGAAAUAAAUAUUGUAAAUGGAAUUUCUUUUAUUGAACCAGUUCUUGCAGGAGUUGGGAGAGAUGCCGUUGAUGGACUUUUAUUUUUAGAUUCGGAUGCAAAGAAGUUUGACUUUGAUACCAGGCGUGACACCAUAAUAACUCAAGUCUAUAACAAGAGGAUUGCAUCGGACUUAUCACUUCUUCUCCAAGAAAUUUACAAAGAAGAGGACAUGGCUUAUGUAAUUACCAACGCGGGUCUUGAUGAUGAGAUUGUGAGAAAGGUUGAGAUUUAUAAACUUCCAAGACUUGAUGACUAUAAUCACCAGUCCUGCAUCUACAUCCCAAGGACAAGUGGCAAAAACUUUCAAAUAAUUAUGGGUCAGUUGGAAAAUAUUUUAGAAGGCAAGGACCUUUACUUAGAUGAUGAAAAUUUCGAAAAGAUUAAAAAUCUUUUAAUAGAAAAAUCAAAGGGAAUUUCCAUGGACUAUGAAGAGGAAAUUGACACUUUAAUCCUGUCUUUAUUCAUGCUUUUCUUAAAGGAAAGAGAAGGUUUAGUGGAUUUUCGUGAAAUAUUUGAUGAAAUCUAUAAAAAAUUGGAUAAAAUAGCGAUUAUUUUAAAAUAA